AGUGAACUCCUCUGUCUCCUCAGCACUUCGUCGCCGGUACCUCCAGCCGCCCCCCCCACCGCCGGUUCGUCUUCCCCACUGGCGCUCUCUCUCGUUCACCGGCUCGACAAGAUAUCCUUCUCCCUACUGUUCCACAGAGACAGCCCCUUAGUAGCGUGAUAGUGCAGCAGCCCAAGUUGCAGAUAUGGGGGAAGAUGUUAAAGAGGCAGGAGUGAUUGAGAACUUAAGGUCGGUGGUGUUCAAGGAAUCAGAGAGUUUAGAAGGCAGCUGUGCUAAAAUCCAGGGCUACGAUUUCAACAAUGGGAUUGAUUAUUCACAGAUUCUCAAAUCCCUAAUUUCCACCGGUUUCCAAGCUUCUAACCUCGGUGACGCCAUUGAAACCGUUAAUCAAAUGCUAGAUUGGAGGCUUUCUCAUGAGCAAGUAAUCGAAGAUUGCAGUGAGGAAGAGAGUAACCCAGCUUACAGAGAGUCUGUCAAGUGCAAAAUCUUUCUAGGGUUCACUUCAAACCUCAUUUCUUCUGGUGUUCGAGACAUUAUUCGCUAUCUAACUCAGCAUCAUAUGGUUGAUGUGAUUGUGACAACAACUGGUGGCAUUGAGGAAGAUCUGAUAAAAUGUCUUGCAGACACAUACAGAGGUGAAUUUUCUCUACCUGGUGCUGCCUUACGCUCAAAAGGUCUUAAUCGUAUUGGUAAUUUAUUGGUGCCAAAUGAUAACUACUGUAAAUUUGAGGAUUGGAUUAUCCCAAUAUUUGACCAAAUGCUUCAAGAACAAAAUACACAGCAUGUGUUAUGGACACCAUCAAAAGUAAUAUCUCGUUUGGGGAAGGAGAUUAAUAAUGAGAGUUCUUAUCUAUAUUGGGCAUAUAAGAACGACAUUCCUGUGUUUUGCCCAGGCUUAACAGACGGGUCUCUUGGGGACAUGUUAUAUUUCCAUUCAUUUCGCAAUCCAGGUCUUGUUAUUGAUGUAGUACAAGAUAUACGCGCGAUUAACAGCGAGGCUGUGCAUGCAAACCCUAGAAAGACAGGGAUGAUAAUUCUAGGAGGAGGGUUACCAAAACACCAUAUAUGCAAUGCAAAUAUGAUGAGAAAUGGUGCGGAUUAUGCUGUUUUCAUCAACACUGCUCAGGAGUUUGAUGGUAGUGAUUCUGGUGCUCGUCCUGAUGAAGCUGUCUCCUGGGGGAAAAUACGUGGUUCUGCUAAAUCUGUCAAGGUGCAUUGUGAUGCAACUAUUGCGUUCCCUUUACUCGUUGCAGAAACAUUUGCUGCAAAGAGAGAGGGGGAGAUGAAAAAUGUUGAGUCAACCAAAGCUUUGGAUUAAAAAGGUGGAACAGUGUAGGGCAGGGACUCAUUUUUGAUAUUUUGUUUGCUAAAAAAUGGUCUUUGGAAGAAUAUUAAUGCACACAAACAAGGAGACCAUGUUACUAAUCUUGGAGAGUGUACAUGUAAAAUGUUUAAAUAAUUUUAAAGCUUCUCACGACAAAUCAAACUUAUAUGCAAUUUUUAAUGGGGUU